AUGACCACCACCAUCGACUCCAAGUCGUACGGCAGCGAUCCCGCAAAGGUCGAGGCCUAUGCCGCAGGUGUCGACCAUGUCGCCGACCUCGACGAGAAGGCGUCCCCCGCCUCCUACAAGGCCGAUGCUAUCGAGGCAGAGCAGGCCGAGCACAACAUGGGAGUCGUGGAAGCCGUCAGGCUCUACCCCAUGGCCUCCCUCUGGGCUUUCAUCAUGUCCACCACGAUUAUCAUGGAAUCCUACUGCGUCUUCCUCAUGGGCGCUUUCGUCGCCAUGGACGAGUUCAAGAACACAUUCGGCGUCAACACCAGCGACGGCAAGCAGAUUGAGGCAUCGUGGCAGUCCGCGCUCCAGAUGGGUGGCCCCCUGGGCGCCAUCAUCGGUGUCUGUAUCGCCGGUCCCAUCACCAGUCGCAUCGGAUACCGCUGGGCUACCAUUUCCGGCCUCAUGUUUCUCAACGGGUUCAUCUUUGUCUUUUACUUUGCCAACUCGCUCGCCGUCAUGUUCGUCAGCCAGCUCCUCGAGGGUAUCCCUUGGGGCAUCUUCAUCGCCAACGCGCCCGCCUACUGCUCCGAGAUCGUCCCCAUGCGCCUGAGAGCCCCGGCCACCCAGAUGCUUCAGAUGUUCUGGGCCAUUGGCGCCAUCAUCGUCGGCGGUGUCUGCUACGUCUACGAGAGCAAGCUCGACCCCAGCGCGUACAGAGUCCCCAUUGCCCUCCAAUGGAUGUUCCCCACUCCCCUCGCCAUCCUGCUCUUCCUCGCCCCCGAGUCACCUUGGUGGCUGGUUCGCAAGGGACGUCUCGAGGAAGCCGCCGUUUCGGUUCGCCGCCUUGGACGUGCCUCGGCCGUUACCAACACUGAGGAGUCCAUCGCCAUGAUGCGUCGUACCAUUGAGCUUGAGAAGUCCGUCAAGGAGCCCAGCUACUUUGAGCUUUUCAAGGGCACCGACAGAUACCGCACCCUUAUCGUCUGUGGUGUCUACGCUGCCCAGAACCUUACUGGUAACCUUAUCGCCAAUCAGGCUGUUUACUUCUUCAGACAGGCCGGCAUUGACUCCAACCUUGCUUUCGCCCUGGGUCUCAUCACCUCAGCCCUCCAAACCGUCUUCGUCAUGCUUUCGUGGGUUCUCACGACCUACCUCGGCCGCCGCACCAUCUACGUCUGGGGUUCCCUCAUCAACGUCGCCUUCCUCUUCGCCCUCGGUAUCGCAGGUUCCGUCGGCAAGUCCACCGCCGCCUCCUUGGCGAUGGCCUCUUUGGGUCUCAUUGUCUCGGUCGGAUUCACUCUCGGACCCGCGCCCGCCUCGUGGGUCAUCAUCGCCGAGACAUCGUCCAUUCGCCUCCGUCCCUUGACCACUGGUAUCGGACGUGCCGCCUACUACGUUGUCAACAUUCCCUGCAUUUUCCUCGCCACUUACAUGCUCAACCCCACGGGUGUCAACUUGGGCGGCAAGUGCGGUUACGUUUGGGGUGCCACAGGUUUCUUCUGCUUCGUCGUCUCGUUCUUCUUCUUGCCGGAGAUGAAGGGCCGUUCCUUCCGCGAGAUCGACAUCAUGUUCAAGCGCAAGGUCCCUGCUCGGAAGUGGAAGAAGACUGUUGUCGACAUCAACGAUGACGAGUAG